AUGGCUAUAUACACUGCUGAUUUAUUAGGAUUGAAGAUGGAGCCUUCUCAGGAUAGUUUCACUUUCGUGGAUAACUCCAAGGCAAACUCAGCAGGCAUGAUCAAGAAUGUCAAGGUAGAGAUAGGAGAUUGCAGUAUCCCUGUAGACUUUCACGUCGUGAAGAGCAAAUCUGGCCAGAUAUCUUCUCUUCUUUUUGGAAGAGCCUUCAUGGCUACAGUGGGAGCAGUUUGUGAUCUUAAGAAGAAUAGGAUGUGCUUGACUAAUGUUGAUGAAAUUGUAUUCUAUGAUCCUGUGGAGAAGAAGAAAGGUGAGAAGUUUAUUUCCUGCAUAGAUGUGUUUGAAGAUCCGGCACUUACAACCAAUACAUGUCGCGAGCCUGCAAUACCAGAAUCAGCGUCGAUCGACAUUAAAGUUGCAGCAUCGGUCGACUUCCAAUCCUCAGAAUCGAUUGACAAUAAGCCUUCAGAAUCGAACGACUCUCAGUCUUCAGAAUCGAUCGACACGAAGCUUUCAGCAUCGGUCGAUACCCUCAGACUUUCAGAACAGCCCGAGACUGAAAAGUCUAAGUCUGGGAGAAGGAAAAAGAAUAGAAAGAAGAAAAAGAAAAGGAAUACAUAUGCAGAUUCCCUAUCAGUAGUUCCUUUGGAAUGUCAAGAGGGUAGUCUUGAGUAUAGAGUGCGCUGCAGAGAAGGUUCUGAAUCUUUUACCAAGGUAAGAGUGCUAUGUGAUCCAGAGCUGAGAGAGAAAGGAGAAGUUUCUGCAAGAGCUUUUAUCAACUGCAUCAACAAGAUGAGAAAGAGAGAUACUGAGACUUGUUCUGGAGCAAGUUCACAUCCUAAGCCAGACUAA